CCCCAUCCAUCCCUGCCUUGGCUCUGUCCCUUGCACCUCUUUACAGACAAAGGAGGCCCUCCAUCAACACUCAGUCUCUCCACGAGUCCAGCACAAGCAGCUCCAAGAUGCCGGACACAAUCAUGUCCAAGGAGCCCAGUUCCGAUCUGGAGAGUGCCAUGCAGAUGCUCAUAAAGACUUUCCACAAGUACUCGGGGAAGGAGGGCGACAAGUACACUCUGAGCAGGGGCGAGCUGAAGGAGCUGCUACUAGAGGAGCUGGGGACUUACUUAGGGACCUCCAAAGAUAAUGAAGCGGUCGAGAAGGUGAUGAACGACUUGGACGCCAACAACGACGGGGAGGUGGACUUUACCGAGUUCAUCAUUCUCAUGGGCGCCCUCACGGUCGCCUGCAACGACUUCUUCCUGGACAAGACGGAGGACAAACCGGGGGAGAAGAAGGAUUGAAUCAGUGCAAGGGAAGGCGAGGGGAGAAAAGUGGGAGGGAGUGGGUGGAAGAGGGUGAAGAGGAGGAGGAGGAGGAGGGGUGAAAGAAAGAACUGUAACUGCAGGGGAGACAGAGGACAGAAGUGCAAUGGCUUUUUGUCUUACGCAAUUUGCAAACACUACAACUUAACACGAGGGAAGCCAGCAGAUAGUUUGCGGGUUUGCAGAGCGAGGGGCGUCCAGCGGGGAGUAGUGUUCUUUCCUCUGCAACUGUUUCUCAUACCACAACUCAUCCGAAGCUAGCCGCGCUGCUCUCAGAGCAGUGGGGGUGACUUUGCAAACACAACCUGGUCCACAACUCACACUCAUCAGUUUCACCGGUUGGGUAGAUUAAGUAAGGCACUGGGAGGAAGGAGGAAAUGGAAGGUUGAGCAUUUCUUGCACAUGAAUAGCCUAAUUUGUGAACAUAUAUUAAGAUUAUCAUAUUAUUGUAUUGUACUCAGUGUUGGAAUGUAUCCCCUCUCUUGAGCCUAUUUUGUAAUCUUUUUUUUUUUUUUGGUAAUAACCAAUGUUUCAAAACAUUAAACAAGGCAUUUAACCAUCAA